CAUGAUUUUGUUGGUGGUACUGUAGGUGUGAAUGUGACUCAUUCUUGUCUUGCACAAUCGUUGGAUCUGUUGUGUAUUUAAGACAGGAGCACAACACGACCAGCAUCAGUUUCUUGAAUCAGAAACAACAAGAUGACCUGCUACAAGCUCUGCAUUCUCAUCUCUUUGGUGGUCGUUGGCUACUCCAACCCAAUACCGCCACCUAUUGAUGAAAAAGAUGUGACUAUGGCUGAGAGUUUUCUGAACAAGUUGUACCCCCUGCCGGAGGGGCUCUCUGACGGUACUCAACACUCCAGUUCAAUGAGUCUGAGGCUGAAGAAGAUGCAAACUUUUUAUGGACUUAAGGUAACAGGAAAACUGAAUGAAGAGACACUGAACGUGAUGAAGAAGCCACGCUGUGGUGUUCCAGAUGUUGCGGCAUAUUCAGUUUUUGUAGGGGACUACAAAUGGAAAAAACACGACCUGACCUACAGAAUUGAGAACUACACACCUGAUAUGAGGGAAGCUGAUGUGGAUGCCGCAAUUCAAAAAGGCCUGAAGGUGUGGUCAGAUGUUACUCCCCUCAAAUUCACUCGUAUCUUCAGUGGAACCGCUGAUAUCAUGAUCUCAUUUGCAGUUGGAGACCAUGGUGACGGUUACCCAUUUGAUGGGCCAAAUAAGUUUUUAGCUCAUGCGUUCCCUCCGUUUGCUGGUAUUGGUGGUGAUGCCCAUUUUGAUGAUGAUGAGGACUUCACCAAAUACAAUAAAAAGUACAAUUUGUUCUUGGUGGCUGCUCAUGAGUUUGGACACUCAUUGGGUCUUCAUCAUUCCCAGGAUCCAGGUGCGCUGAUGUAUCCUUCCUAUGUUGAAAGAGACGUGGAUACUUUCGCCCUCCCUCAAGAUGAUGUCAACGGUAUCCAGUAUCUUUAUGGCCCUAACUCUGAUGAAACACCUGAGAAAACACCUGUUGAAACACCUGAGGAAACACCUGAGGAAACACCUGAGGAAACACCUGAGGAAACACCUGAGGAAACACCUGAGGAAACACCUAAUGAAACACCUGAUAAAACACCUGCUAAAUCCCCACCCACAGCACCCAGCACUCCAGACAAAUGUAAUCCUAACCUGGUCCUUGAUGCUGUCACCAUGUUCAGAGGAGAGAUAAUGUUUUUCAAGGGCAGCUUCUUCUGGCGCCAUUACCGUAACACAGUUGAGCAUCAUCUCAUCAAAGCCUUCUGGCCUGAGAUUCCAGAUAACAUUGAUGCUGCAUUCGAGAGUCCAAUAGAAGACAAAGUUUACCUUUUUAAAGGUGAAAAGGUUUGGGCUCUCUAUGGCUAUGAUUUGGUACAAGGAUAUCCGAAGGAUCUCAGCAGCUUUGGUUUGCCAAAGGAGGUGAAGAAAGUCGACGCUGCUCUCUAUGAUGAGCAGACUUACAAAAUCCUGUUUUUUACUAACAAUAAGAUUUAUAGUUACGAUGAGAUGACACGGAGAAUGGAUGAAGGCUAUCCUAAACAGGUGAAAGAUGUGUUCCCAGAAAUGAAAGGGAAGGUGACGGCGGCCUUCCAGUACAGAGGUUUCAUGUAUCUCUUCAGUGGAUCCAAAAUGUUUGAGUUUGAAUCCUAUGACAAGACGCUGUACCGUGUCCUGAACAACAACUAUUUUCUGCCCUGUUAGUCUGUUGAGUUUUUCAAAGCACAGCAAUGCUUUAUCAGCUUGAAGGAAAUCCAGAACCUACCAGUAUUUUUAAGUCUUAAGUAAAUUAUUGAGUAUUUUUAUUUAACUUAUUAACUUAAGGUUAUUUAUUUUUCCAAAAAAAAUGAAUUGUUAUUCAUCUAUAUUUAUUAGA